AUGACCAACUUAAACAGCAUAGUGGUGGCUGAAAGGAGCUACGCCACAUCCAAGGAGUGGCGGCUGUGUGGGCGCAGGAGGGCCCAGAGGAGCUACUCCACGUUCAAGGUCAGGAGGGGCAACCACGAGGAGACACCCCUCAGCCAAGGUAAGUUUAUUCCUCGAUACUUAAUUCUUUUUGUUGCAGUGCCUUAUGUGGGUAUUGUCUUAAAUGGUGUCAAGACCCUGGAAACGUGGUGGUGGCCCAUGCUAUGUGGCCACUGCCACUGUGCCCUGGCCAUCCACAUCGCACACUGGGACUCUGAGGACUCGGUCUGGUGGGAGAUGCUGGAGCAGAGGCUGGGGAUGAGCCCCGCCCAGACCCAGGCCUUGCUGCAGGACGGGGACAAGUUUGGCUGUGGAGUGAUCAUAGGCAAGUGA